AUGAAGCAGACGGUAGUUGAUGUGGCGCCUAAGUGCAUUACAGGCCUUGAAUUUGGGGCGUUAUCAGAUGCUGAAAUCGUUGCUCAAUCAGAGACGGAAGUUUUCACAAGAAACUUGUACGAUUUAGAGCAUGGCAGAAAACCUGUUGCAAAUGGAGCCCUAGACACACAUCUGGGUGUUUCUACAAACACGGGGGAAUGUCAAACAUGCCAUGGAAAUCUAGCUACAUGUCACGGACAUUUUGGUCAUAUCAAAUUAGCGUUACCUGUUUUCCAUGUGGGUUACUUCAAGGCCACCAUUCAAGUUUUACAGACCAUUUGUAAGUCGUGUUCUGCCGUAUUGCUAGAAGAUGCCAUGAAAGAGAAAUUUUUGGCAGAUUUGAAACGUCCAGGAUUGGACAAUUUGAGAAGAAUGAGAAUAUUGAAGAAAAUCCAAGAUCAGGCAAAGAAGCAAAGAAGAUGUUUGAAAUGUGGUGCAGUUAACGGUGUCGUUAAGAAGGCAGCUGCCGGAGGUGGACCUGCGGCACUUAAGAUUCUACACGAUACUUUUAGAUGGAUUGGUAAGAAAGGUGCCCCAGAGAAAGAAGACUGGGAUGAUGAUUUUGACAAAUUGUUUGACGAGAAUCCGGAAUUGGAAAAGUUCGGCAAGAGAUGUUUUGAUGACCUGAAUCCGCUGAAGGUUUUGAAUUUGUUCAAGCAGAUUGAGCCUGCUGACUGUGAGCUGUUGGGCAUGGAUCCGGCCAGGGGCGGUAGACCAGAGAUGUACAUUUGGCGAUAUUUGCCUGCCCCACCUGUGUGUAUCAGACCGUCUGUUAUUAUGGCAGAUGCUUCUAAUGAAGAUGACUUGACUGUGAAAUUGACCGAAAUUGUUUGGACGUCGUCUAUGAUUAGAGCAGGUAUUCAAAAGGGGAUCUCGAUCAAUUCCUUGAUGGAACAGUGGGAUUAUUUACAAUUAGCCGUGGGUGUUUAUAUCAAUUCUGAUAUUGCAACUCCCUCUAUGCUGCAAAAUGGGGGUACUAAAGCUGCCAAGCCUAUCAGAGGUUUUUGCCAGAGACUAAAGGGUAAGCAAGGUAGAUUCAGAGGUAAUUUAUCUGGUAAAAGAGUUGACUUUUCGGGUAGAACAGUCAUUUCGCCCGAUCCAAAUUUGAGGAUCGAUGAAGUUGCCGUUCCGGAAUUAGUUGCUAAAGUUUUAACUUAUCCUGAAAAGUGUACUAGAUAUAAUAGAAAAAAGUUACAAAAAUUGAUUAUCAAUGGUCCUGAAAAGCAUCCUGGUGCAAACUAUCUACAAAAGCAAGAUGAGGAGUUGAAAAGAAAUUUGAGAUAUGGUGACCGUCACAAACUGGCGAAGAACUUAAAUAUCGGUGAUGUUGUCGAAAGACAUAUAGAGGAUGGAGACAUUGUGUUAUUCAAUAGACAGCCUUCAUUGCAUAGGUUGUCGAUUCUGUCACACUUUGCGAAAAUCAGACCAUGGAGAACCUUCAGAUUGAAUGAAUGUGUCUGUACCCCGUAUAAUGCCGAUUUCGACGGUGAUGAAAUGAACUUGCAUGUGCCCCAAACGGAAGAAGCUAGAGCCGAGGCUAUGAACCUUAUGGGUGUUAAGAAUAACCUAUUAACUCCUAAGUCAGGUGAACCUAUCAUUGCUGCUACUCAAGAUUUCAUCACUGGUUCCUAUCUCAUCUCCAAGAAAGAUUCCUUUUUUGACAAAGCUACUUUGACACAGAUGUUGGCAUCGAUGUCUGAUGGAGCUUUGGAUUUUGAUCUUCCACCACCGGCGAUUUUCAAGCCCGUUUACUUAUGGACAGGUAAACAGAUCUUCUCACUUCUAAUCAAACCAAACAGAAAAUCCAAUGUAGUUAUCAAUCUUGAUGCCAAGUGUAAGACUUUUGUUGCUCCAGAUAAAGGCUAUCCAAAUGAAAUGUCUCCUAACGAUGGUUUUGUUAUCAUAAGAAACUCACAAAUUCUGUCUGGUGUUAUGGAUAAAUCCUUGUUGGGUGAUGGUAAGAAACACUCUGUUUUUUAUACGAUCCUAAGAGAUUACGGUGCCGUUGAAGCUGCUACUGCUAUGAAUCGAAUGGCUAAGAUGUGUGCUAGGUUUAUGGGUAACAGAGGUUUUUCUAUUGGUAUCAGCGAUGUUACUCCUAAGGAUGAUUUGAAAGCCAAGAAGGAACAACUAGUUGAAAUUGCGUAUGCGAAAUGUGAUGAAUUGAUUGAACUGUUCAAGACUGGAAAGUUAGAGACACAACCCGGUUGUGAUGAAGAACAAACUUUGGAGGCCAAGAUUGGUGGUUUACUAUCCAAGGUUAGAGAAGAAGUCGGUGAAGUUUGUAUUAGGGAAUUAGAAAAAUCCAAUGCCCCAUUAAUUAUGGCGACUUGUGGGUCCAAGGGUUCUACAUUGAACGUUUCCCAGAUGGUGGCUGUCGUCGGUCAGCAAAUUAUUUCCGGUAACAGAGUUCCAGAUGGCUUCCAAGAUAGAUCACUUCCGCAUUUCUUGAAGAACUCCAAGACUCCACAAUCUAAGGGUUUCGUUAGAAAUUCUUUCUUCUCUGGCUUGAACCCACCUGAAUUCUUGUUCCACGCAAUUUCUGGUAGAGAAGGUUUGGUUGAUACUGCCGUCAAAACUGCAGAAACAGGUUAUAUGUCACGUAGAUUGAUGAAGUCGUUGGAAGAUUUCUCUGCAAGUUAUGAUGACACCGUCAGAAACUCCAGCAAUGGUGUUGUUCAGUUUAUUUACGGAGGUGACGGUUUGGAUCCACUGGAUAUGGAAGGUGACGGUGUUCCUGUUAACUUCAAUAGAACCUGGACUCAUUCUUAUUUUGUUUCUCUUGAUCACCAAGAUAAAUCUCUGAAACCAUACGAUGUUAGAAACCUUAUCAAGUCUAUUUUAGGCCCAAUGAAGGAAGCUUUGAUCAGAGUUGAUAAUGUUGGUAAUAUUGUUUCAAAAGAAGAUUUCGACAAAAUAGAAUAUGUGGAUAUAUAUGAUGCUGAAAGAGAUUUCUACGACUCCAUCUCCAAUUUCAUUGAAGGUAAGCUAAAAUUGCUAUGUCAAUACAGAGUCUCAAGAGGUUUGCCUGCAUGUAACGAGGAAUCUGAAGAUUACGAAAUGACCCCAGACAGCCUGAGCAAGGAAACCUCUGUUGAUCAAGUCAUGAAGAUCACAGAGAAGAUGAUCAAGCAGUUUUUGGAUCUAUGUUGUACCAAAUACAGAAAGGCUCGGGUUGAACCAGGUACAGCUGUUGGAGCCAUUGGGGCCCACUCUAUCGGUGAGCCUGGUACCCAAAUGACUUUGAAAACUUUCCAUUUUGCCGGUGUUGCUUCGAUGAAUGUUACGUUGGGUGUGCCUCGUAUUAAGGAAAUUAUCAAUGCUUCUAAGGUUAUCUCUACUCCAAUUAUCAAUGCUGUACUUGUCAAUGACAGAGAUGAAAGAGCUGCUAGAGUUGUGAAGGGUCGUGUGGAGAAGACAUUACUUGAGGAUGUUUCUAUGUAUAUCGAAGAUGUUUACAAGGAAAAUCAGGCCUUCCUCCAGGUCAAGAUAGAUUUGAAAACAAUUGACAAGCUACAAUUGGAGCUAAAUAUUGAACAAAUUGCUAAUGCUAUAGUGCUCUCUAAACUCAAAAUAGCAAGAGGUGAUGUUUCUAUCAUCGGAAAAAACAAAAUCCAAGUUCUUGUGAACGAUGCUGGUGAUUUCAAGCCUACUGGUAGAUCUUCUGCUUCUAAAGAAAUUGCUAUGCUAGCAUAUAAGGAUGCUGAUGAAAGGGAAAGAUUGGAAAAGAAUGCGUUGUUCUUCAAGAUGCAACACCUGAAACGUUUGUUAACAAAGGUUGUUGUCAAGGGUCUCCCAGAUAUUGCAAGGGCUGUUAUUAAUGUUAAUGAUGACGACACCAAGGGUCUCUUGAUUGAAGGUUAUGGAUUAAAAGAUGUUAUGGCUACAGACGGUAUCAUUCCAACAAAGACCAAGACCAACCAUAUCUUGGAAAUCUAUCAAGUUUUAGGUAUUGAAGCUGCUAGAUCUUCUAUUAUCAAUGAAAUUGAUUAUACCAUGGGUUCGCAUGGUAUGGCGGUUGAUCACCGUCAUAUUCAACUAUUAGGUGAUGUGAUGACCUUCAAAGGUGAGGUUUUGGGUAUUACCAGAUUUGGAUUAGCCAAGAUGAGGGAUUCUGUUUUACAAUUGGCAUCCUUUGAAAAAACCACAGACCAUCUAUUCGACGCAGCUUUCUAUAUGAAGACCGAUGAGGUGGAAGGUGUUUCCGAAAGAAUUAUUCUUGGACAAACCAUGGGUAUAGGUACUGGUGCAUUCAAACUUGCCUCUAAGGAAGAUGGUACACCGGUAACCACAAAGACUAAGGAAACGUUGUUUGACAGUUUGUGUAGGGGAAUUGUUCCAAAAUCUUUACAGGUUGCUUAA